UCAGGAGAAUGCAAACAUCUGUGGUCCUGAGGCAGAAUGUAAGAACACGAUGGGAGGAUACAAGUGUAUGUGUGCCCAUGGCUAUCAGACAAAAGCAAACAAAACAGAAUUCUGCCAUAAUGAAAACUAUACUAAAUGUGAAGAUAUAGAUGAGUGUGAUACAAACACCCACAAAUGUGGCGCUAACGCAAAGUGUAUAAAUACAGAGGGAAGCUACCAGUGCCAGUGUGAGCGUGGAUAUCACUGGAAAGACAACACAACUAAAUUCACUCCCACCGAUAAUAAGGAGCAAAAUAAAUGUGAAGCAGCAGAUGCAUUAUCUCCAAGAACAUCCCCUCCAGCCACUGUCAUCACCUCCACUAUCUUCCCAGCCACCGACCCUAUUACCUGCCCUGCUGGGUAUGUUGUGAGUUCCACAGGGAAAGGCAUGGAGUGCUCAGCAUUGUGUGAGAUAUAUUUGCAAGAGCGAAACAAAACUCUGAGUUUUUGUAAUCAAAAGGAUCCCGGUUGUAUUAUUCAGAGAUCCACUUACCGCCUUCUGGAAUCUUCUUGCCACGAUAAUGAGAACAAAUUAGACAUAGAGAACAUCACAAACUCUGCCUCUGGGAUUCUCAGCGACCCUUCUUGGUUUAAUCUCAGCUCUUCUCUAGUCAGUACCGUGGUAAAUGGGCUCCUGGAGACUGUGGAAUUAUUAGUAUUUAAAUCAUUUCAUACAAAUCCCAGCAAUCAGAAUUUCAGCAGCCCGGAGAUGGAUGUUGCCACCAAGGUGGCCCAAGAAAACUGUUCUUUCCUAACCAUAACUGUGGGACUCAACAGGAUGCAAGUGUCAUGUGACCUCCUUCCUAAACCUAAAGAUGGAGCUGUCUUCAUUUCAUACAAGAACCUCGACUCCAGGUUAAGUGGGAGUUUCCUCAAAUUAUCAGAGGACCCUGAGGAGAACUACCCUGCUGUGGUUAUUUCACAAGUGGUGACUGGAGGCAUCACAAGCCAAAUACGGGAAAACCUUAACCCCCCGGUAAACUUCUACCUGAAUAAUCUGCAGGUCCCAGAUUCCUCUCAGAUAUCUUUGUGUGUAUACUGGGAUCCUAAGCUGGGUGGUUGGUCACAGAGAGGCUGCAACAUCAUAUUUUCCAAUAUCUCCCACACCGUCUGCUCCUGUGAUCAUCUCUCCACCUUUGCGGUUAUCAUGGCUCCCUGUGAUAUAAAGGAAGAUCGUGGCCUUCACAGCGUCUCACGCAUUGGUCUCGGUGUAUCUGUUCUCUGUCUCUUUCUAUCUCUUGUCACAUUCCUCCUGUGCCGGUCCCUAAGGAGCGCUCACACCUCCAUGUUGGUAGCACUAUGCGGAUGUCUCUUUCUGGGACAGCUGAUCAUCCUGUUUGGCCUACAUCAAACCCAGUUCAGAAUACUCUGCUCUAUCAUUGCUGGCUGUCUCCAUUACAUUCUCCUCUGUGCUUUCUGCUGGAUGACUCUGGAGAGUGUCCUCCUCUUCCUCACUGUGAGAAACCUGAAUGCAAUGAACUACUUGACAUCCCGACGCUCUCACUUCCCAACUGCCUGUAUCAUUGGGUUUGGGGUUCCCGCAGUUAUAGUGGCCAUCUCAGCAGCAGUUCGUUAUGAUGGAUAUGGUACAGGGAAAAGUUGUUGGCUCAGUCUAAAUCUCAUUUGGAGUUUCCUUGGCCCAGUUUGUGUCUUCAUCACUAUAAAUACCACACUCCUGAUUUUGACUUUCUGGCUUCUCCGAGUGAAACUCGCAUCUCUGAACACAAAUGUCUCAAGUCUUAAGAACACCCGGUUACUGGCCUUCAAGGCCCUGGUUCAGCUGUUCAUACUUGGAUCUACUUGGAUCCUUGGCUUCUUCCAGUGUGGACCUGGGGCCAUUGUGGCAUCGUAUCUGUUCACCAUCUGCAACAGCCUUCAGGGGGCGUUCAUCUUCCUUGUGCACUGCCUGCUCAAUCACCAGGUAAGGGAAGAAUAUCGGAAAAUUUUCCGUCGAUUUCAUAUUAAGAAGCCAGAGUCGGAGGGAGUAUCGGGCAGCACUGUUCCUAUGAGCCUGAAAUCGGUAACUGCACCUGAGGAGCUGAAACCAGAUAUUAUCAUAGAUCAUCCCUUUGAAGACUGAAGCACGGGAUUGGGGACUGAGUGUAAGCUCCUCAUGGCAAAAACACAGCACUUGAACGUUUACCUAUAAAUAAUUGCAACUAAAUAGAGUGUACUUGUAUGUAUUUGAACAUUAUACACUUAAAUACACCUUUGCUAAAAACAAUAAAAGAGCACAAUAAGUAGGAGUUUUGGACACUUCAUGGAAGCAACCAAUUAAGCAAAACAAGUUGGGAGGGAGAGCUCAGGGGCCACGGAGCACUGAGUUUCCUCUGACCUUUGGGUAUGGUUGAUUUCUUUUUUUUAUUUUAAUUGUGGAUACAUUUAUGAUUGCUUUGUGCACCUAAUAAACAUUCCAUGUGUA